AAUUCGAAUAUGAAACUGCGAAUCUCCGGACACGCCAUUUUGAAGUGCUCUGUCAUCAUCGCACGGUACAGGAAAAAUUAACUGCCUAUCGAGGUUUAAUUAUAUUUAUCAAAACGGAACACGUAUAGUCAAAAAAAUCAAUCAUGUCGGGAGCAGCGCUUUUUGGUAACAGUGCAUCCCGUAGCAAUUCAAAAAAUCUGGUCGAAUUCAAAGCUGGGAAAAUGACUAUGAAGGGAAAGAUGGUUUAUCCAGACACACGAAAGGGACAGCUUUACGUUUAUCAAUCUGAUGAUUCCUUGAUGCAUUUCUGUUGGAAAGACCGUACCACGGGUUUCGUUGAAGAUGAUUUAAUUAUUUUUCCUGAUGAUUGUGAGUUUAAACAUGUUCCCCAAUGCAAAACUGGACGAGUAUAUCUAUUAAAAUUCAAAUCAACCAACAAAAAAUUUUUCGUUUGGCUUCAGAGCCUGAAAACAGACAAAGAUGAGGAACACUGUAGAAAGAUCAAUGAAGUCUUGAACAACCCGCCAACCCCAGGCUCUCAAAGGAGUGGCAACCCAAAUGCAGAAGGAGAUCUUCAAAAUUUACUAAACAACAUGUCUCAACAACAGUUAAUUCAAUUGUUCGGUGGAGUAGGUCAAAUAGGAGGAAUAAGCAAUUUAUUGGGUACAAUGACAAGACCACAGGUUGUUCAGAGUGCCAGGGCUUCUACGACAACUGCAACCAGUGAUAGUACAAGGAGCACUACUACAAGGCCUGCGGCAACUCAAAUGAUUUCUUCUCCUUCAUCAACUUGUGAUACACCCAAGCCAAAUAGUGAAUGUAAACCUGCAGCAAAGACGCCUGCUCCAUCAACACCGGGAACCACCGCUACCAGCGGCAACAACAAAAUACAGCUUAGCGAUCUUCAAAACUUCUUGUCCGAUAUUCCACCACCCGUUGGAGCCGAAAUUGUUGUUCAGAGGGGCGUAGCAACCGAGUUGACCAAUGCCAUCCGUGCGGCGAUCUCUGCUUCUGAAAGCCUGGAGCGUGAAAUGAGACCGCACUUACCGCCAGGGGACCAACUGUGUACCACGCUAUUGUCUCCCCAGUUCUCCCAGGCGCUAUCAAUGUUCUGGUCUGCUUUGCAGUCAGGCCAGGCGGGACCUGUCAUCCAGCAAUUCGGCUUGGGACCAGAUGCUGUCAAUGCUGCGGCCAGUGGCAAUAUCGAAGAGUUCGUCACUGCUCUCGAAACCGAAGCAAAGACAGGCCAAGAGCAAACACAGCAAGGACAGGAGGAGACUAGUGCUAAACAAGCUUCGCCAACAACUAGUCCCGAUAAGAAAGACGAUGACGAAGGAAUGGCUUUAGAAUAAGAAAUUUAUUGAGUCUGAUUUCCAUCUAUAUUUUCGUUUAGAAGUUGCGGGGCACGAAAAACACUGUUGCUAGUGGUUGACACGAUGAGAAGACUGUAAAGGACAGAUCCAAGACUUCAAUGGUAAUUUUUUGACGUAUUGUAUAUAAGUAUGAUGAAAUGUAACGUUUCGAACGAGAAUAUAGUCAAUUCGUAUCAUUUAUGUAGUAAAUAUACAUAUAUGAAUGAUCUAAAACCAAUAAAAUUCAAAAUGAUAAUAGUUUAAUGAUCAAGAAACUGAUGGGAAGUAUUUUUGUACCAUAUUGUACCAUGAUCGUGAAUAAUAUAAUAGGAUGCAGGUAAAAGUAUUUUUAAUUUCAUAAGAAUUACAUAGAUAUUUAUUGUAAACAAUGUGGUUGACAUGUAACAAAAUUUCUUUUUCUAUUACCAGUAAAUUUUCUGUACCAAAUAAGAAAAUUAUAAUAUUGUCGAAAAGUAUAUCAUUGUAUUCAGGAGGGUCUGUAAGAUCGUUUUAUGUAAGAAAUAUUUGCGUGGAUUUCAUGGAUUAAGCAAUAACAAAUGUUUAAAGUUGAAAUAAAGCGUUUACAAUUUUCGAGAAUA